GAGCCGAGCCCCGCCGGGACACCUUAUAAAAGCAAGUGUCUCCGGGCCGCGGCGCUAGUAUCCCAACUGACUCGCGUGACAAAGUAGACGACCGCUCCAACAUGACCACAUACACGGACAAGGGCCAAAAGCCCAUCAGUGGGCGCUUCCUCAACUUCGACCACGUCAAGUUCUACGUGGGCAACGCCAAGCAGGCCGCCAGCUUCUACGUCACCCGCAUGGGCUUCGAGCCGUUCGCGUACCGCGGCCUGGAGACGGGCUCCCGCAAGCACGCCUUCCACGCCGUGCGCCAGGACAAGAUCGUGUUCGUGUUCGUGUCGUCGUACGAGCCCGGCGACUACGAGCUCGGCGAGCACCUCAUCCAGCACGGGGACGCCGUCAAAGACGUGGCCUUCUCCGUCGAGGACCUCGACUUUAUCAUGCGGACCGCCAAGGAGCAGGGCGCCAAGAUAGUGCGCGACGUCCACGAGGAGACAGACGACUUCGGCACCGUGCGACUGGCUACCGUGCAAACGUAUGGCGACACCACGCAUACCUUCGUGGACCGCAGCAAGUACCGCGGCCUGUUCCUGCCCGGCUACACCAAGCCCCUGCUGGACGACAAGCUGUGCGGCGGCCUGCCUGCCGUGGGGCUCAACUUCAUCGACCACGUGGUGGGCAACCAGCCCGACAAGGAGAUGGAGUCCGCCGCCGCCUGGUACGAGCGGACCCUGCAGUUCCACCGGUACUGGUCCGUGGACGACACGCAGCUGCACACCGAGUUCUCCGCGCUCAGGUCCAUCGUCAUGACCAACUUCGAGGAGACCAUCAAGAUGCCCAUCAACGAGCCUGCCCCCGGCCUGAAGAAGAGCCAGAUCCAGGAAUACGUCGAGUACUACGGCGGCGCGGGCGUGCAGCACAUCGCGCUCAACACCAAGGACAUCGUCAAGGCGAUCCGGGCCCUUCGCGCGCGCGGCAUGCACUUCUUGGAGGUGCCCAGCUCGUACUACGACAUGCUGCGGGAGCGACUGGCCAAGAGCAAAGUCAAGAUCCAGGAGGACCUCUCCGUCCUGGAGCAGCUCAACAUCCUGGUGGACUACGACGACGACGGCUACCUCCUGCAGAUCUUCACCAAGAACAUGCAAGACAGGCCCACGCUCUUCCUCGAGGUCAUCGAGCGCCACAAUUUCAACGGAUUCGGCGUCGGCAACUUCAAAGCCCUCUUCGAGGCGAUCGAACUCGAACAGGAUAAACGUGGAAACUUGUAGCGCGUUCAGAGUCUUGUACCUCUUCUAUGUGCCAUUUUGUGUGUGCGUCUUAGUCCAUUUGUAAAUACUGUCAUGUAAUUAGAAAAUAAAGUCGUUUUUGUAAGAUAGUUAA